GGACGUGACGUGACGUGAAAUGACUGAUAGGUCGCUCAGUUGCUAAGCUGCAGCCCAGCAGCGACUAGACCGUCAACAAGUGGCUUCAGCUGCAGUCAGAUCAACAGAACGGGGUUCACACAAGUGGCCGCGAUCAACAGACCAAGCUGAACACUCGGACUGUGGUUUACGCUUAACAAGCAGCGAUACUUGGCUAAAAGCGGCUGUUAGUCGGCUAACGUUGGUUAGCGUCUACUCGCCGAGCAGGUAAAGGUUCUGGUCACACGUUAACACUCUGGUGUCACAGUCGGCAGUAAGACGCAGUUCAUGAAUUAACCCCACCACUGGUCCAGGUCAAAGCAAGCAGCCAGCCGCCCAGUAUGACCAGUAUGGCUGCUGCCAGCACCACCAAGGUCUCAUGGCGACUGCAGGAGUUCGAGGCUCACUCCAGCAGCGUCUUCUGUUUGGCUUUGGCCAAGAGUUCUGGCCGCCUGCUGGCAACUGGUGGUGAGGACUGCAGGGUGAACAUCUGGGCUGUCAGCAAGGCCAACUGCAUCAUGAGUCUGACUGGUCACAAGAACCCUGUGGAGUGUGUCCAGUUCAACAUGUCUGAGGAGCAGGUUGUCGCUGGUUCACAAUCUGGAUCUAUAAGAGUCUGGGACCUGGAGGCUGCAAAGAUUUUAAGGACUCUGGUGGGACAUAAAGCCAACAUCACAGGUCUGGGCUUUCAUCCGUUUGGAGACUUUCUCGCCUCCAGCUCCAUGGACACAAACAUCAAGCUAUGGGAUGUACGGAGGAAAGGAUACGUGUUCAGAUACAAGGGUCACACUCAGGCAGUGAGGAGUCUGGCCUUCAGUCCAGAUGGGAAGUGGUUGGCUUCAGCCAGUGAAGACUGCACCGUCAAGCUGUGGGACCUGACUCAGGGGAAAACGAUCACAGAGUUUAAAUCUCACACUGCAGCUGUCAACAUCGUUCAGUUUCACCCCAACGAGUACCUGCUGGCAUCAGGCAGCUCAGACCGAACCAUUAAGCUAUGGGACCUGGAGAAAUUUACACUCAUCGGUUCCCUGGAGGGAGACACCACUCCAGUCAGAUGUACCCUGUUCAGUCCGGACGGCAGCUGUCUGUACAGCGGGGCCACGGAUUCUCUGCGAGUCUUUGGUUGGGAGCCUGACCGCUGCUUCGAUGUGGUGCCAGUGGGCUGGGGCAAAGUGUCUGACCUGGCAGUGUGCAACCAACAGCUGAUCGGCGUGUCUCACCAGCUUUCCAGUGUGUCGUCCUACGUGGUUGAUCUGAAGAGAGUUAAGAAGAGCGGCGUCUCUGUGCUCCAGGGCAUCAUCAAAGACAAUCAGCCUCUGACUGAGCCAAAGGAUCCUAAAGCAUCUGCUCUGCGAAGAAACUACGAAAGGCCCACGACCACUUGCGGAUCACAGAGGGUGAAGCAGAGGACUGACGCUGACAGACGGAGCCCUGAAGGAGAAAGGCGGAGCCCCAGCGAAGACGAGGCUGAAGAGAAACUGUCAUCGGCUGAAAUUCACAACGCUGAAGACUACAAGGAGAUCUUCCAGCCGAAGAACGCCAUCUCUCGAACUCCUCCGAAGAUAUCGGAACCUUUCCCUGCUCCUCCAGAAGAUGAGUCCGUGUUGGCGAUUGGCCGUCAGACGAAAGACAUAAUCCCUCCGUUUCCUGACAAGCAGCAGCUUCCUCCCCUGGCCACCUCUACCCCCGUCCAGAGGGUGGAACCUACAGUGGUUUCCUGUGUGAAGCGUCCGGGUCCCUCCUCUCCUGGCCCAGUUUCCUCUGCCGUCCCUCCCGCUCAGCCUCCCAUCGCCACAGCCAAGACUAAACCACAACCUAAAAUCAUCCCAAUCAUCAGGAACGAGCCCAUAGGCCUGAACGUGGCUGACUUCCUGCCUUCCUCACACAACCACAGACCCGGAGCUCUGAGCGAUGAAGAGGCUCUGUCUCAGAUCAAGAAGGGUCAUGACACCAUGUGCGUGAUGCUGAGCAGCCGACACAAGAACCUGGAGACGAUCCGAGCCGUGUGGUCCAGAGAGGACAUAAAGAGCGCCCUGGACAUGGCCGUCUCCAUGAAUGACCUGUCAAUUGUUGUAGACAUCCUCAACAUCAUCAACCUGCAGCCGACUUUAUGGAAACUGGAUAUUUGUACAGUGAUUCUUCCGCAGAUCGACAAACUGCUGCAGAGUAAAUAUGAGAGCUACAUGCAGACUGGCUGCACGUCCCUGAAGCUCAUCAUGAAACAUUUCUGGGUGCUGAUCUCCGACACGCUGAAGGCAACGCCAUCCGUAGGAGUCGAUAUCUCCAGAGAAGAGCGACACCAGAAGUGCAGAAUGUGUUGCAAGCAGCUAAAGAACCUGAGCAACGUCGUGAAGAACAAGGCGGAGCAGGUCGGCCGACACGGCAGCACCUUCAGAGAGCUGCAGCUGCUAAUGGUUCCACUCGAUGACUCAUGACCAACAUGUUUCCAAAGGGCCAUGAAGACACAGGUUGGCUGAGACAAGUAGCUGGUAGAGAUUUUCAGCAGACAUACAAAAACCACUGGAAACCAUCAAACAGGAGCAACGCUAAAGGUUCCACAUCUUGCUCAAAGAGGAAAACGUGAUUUUUCCCCCCCAAAUGCUGAAUCGACUGCUGUUCAUCUCUGCACACCUAAAACACUGGACCUCAGGUCGUUUAUCUUUAAUCGAUGUAAUUGUUCAUAAUGAACAAAUAAUGCAGUCAAACUGAUCUGAGGUCAGAUGUUGACUCGUGAGGACCCCUGAGGGGAUUUAAGUAUAUUCAGCUCUUUGGCCUCUGACAUUUGAUGUUUUCAUUUUUUGCUAAGUUUCAGACACUACAAUACAUGUACAGUUCUUAUUGUGUUUAUUUAAAUAAAGUCGGACUUGGGAUUAAAGCGCA